AGGCAUCUUCCUCCCGACGACGACGACGUGUCAACUGCCAAGGUCCAAGUCCAGUCGUCUUUAUAAAAUCACGCAACUCCCUUUCCGGCCGCCAUCCUAUUGUCGCAUUUCUGCUGCAUCACAACAUGGUGGCCGCCGUUCCUGCUGCUGGCAGGUUGCAGCCGGCAAUGGCGGCCGGCCAGUGCAAGCAGCCAUGGGAGUACAGCCUGCGGAAGUACCUCCUGCUGCUGGCCACCCUGGUGGUCACCGUCACCUACGCCGCGGGAUUCAACCCACCGGGGGGCAUCUGGCAGGACUCUGGCAGCCACCAAGGCGGCGAAAGGAGGCUCGCCGGUGACCCCAUCAUCCGUGACACCGACUACCACCGCUACCUCGCCUUCUACUACUGCAACGCCACCGCGUUCGCCGCCUCGCUCGUCCUCAUAGUCCUUAUCCUCAUCCUCGCUGUCCGACACGACAAGGAGAAGAAGAAGGACGCCGUCUGGGUCGCCUCUGACGUCGUGCCGCUGCGGGCCGUCAUGGUGGUUGACCUGCUCAGCCUCAUGGGCGCAUACGCCGCCGGCACCUGCGAAGACAUGGUCUGCUCCGUCUACUCCGCUGUGCUGGUGGUCGCCGUCUUCCUCUACAUUCUGGUUACCAGGCUGCUGGCCUGGUGGUUUCAAGACAACAGCCCCGACUGCGAUGACUUUGCCGCCGGCGGUGCGACGCCCAUCCACAGACCCGACACCAGCUCCGGACCUGGCGGUACAAUGCCCGUCCCCAACCGUGCCGUGAUUCCUGCCCCUGUCCCCAAUUCUGAACCCGUUGGCAUCCAAGAAGAAGAGGAGCGGCUCCGCAAGGCCAAGAAGAAGCUGAAAGCCGAAGAGCGGCUCCGCAAGGUCCUGAUGCUUCUGGCGACGUUCGCGGUGAGCAUCACCUACGUUGCCGGUCUGAGCACGCCGGGUGGCUUCUGGGACAGCGCCGGCGGCAGCCACGGCCCCGGCGAUGCCAUCCUCAGCGACCACCACGGCGUGCGCCUGACGGUGUUCUUGCUUUGCAACACCACUGCGUUUGUGGCGUCUCUGCUCAUCACAAUGCUGCUCAUCAUCGACAAGAAGCUCCGCAAGAAGACAGCCCGGUACCGAGAGCUCUAUGCGUGCAUCGUCAUAGCGCUGGUCGGCCUCGUUGGCGCCUACGCCGCUGGCAGCUGCAGGAAGACCGACACCACCAUCUACGUGGUCAGCCAGGUUGGCGCCGUUCUGGUAUUCAUCCUACUGCUCCAUGGUUUCUUCUACACUUCUGCGUCCAAAUGGCUUUCCAGGCCAGCCCAAAGAACUGAUGAAAAUCAGCAUACUGAUGAUAAUGCCAGUGCUAGGGAGGCUCUUGACAAGGCCCGAUCUCUUGUUCUGCUGCUUGCCACUCUUGCCGCCACCAUCACCUACGCUGCGGGGCUGGACCCGCCGGGUGGGCUUUGGGAGGACAACAGCGGCGGGCACAUGGCUGGCGAUCCGAUCCUUCUCACGACCAAAGCUACGCGAUUCAAGGUCUUCUUCUACUGCAACUCGGUUGCCUUCGUGGCCUCCCUGGUGGUCAUUAUCCUGGUCCAGAAGGAACUUCUAGUCAAGCAUCAUGUGCUGGAGGCAGCCAUGAUACUGGACUUGUUUGGCCUCAUCGGCGCGUAUGCUGCCGGGAGCUCCCGAGACGUGAACACCUCCACUAACGCGAUGGCCUUGGCAGGCGCCGUCCUGGUCUAUGUUGUGAUACAUGUCCUCUUCUUCACGCUGGACCACAAGGACGGCGGCAACAAUAAAGACGACGAAGAGUUGCUGGAGAAGAGGCGCAAGCGGUUGCUCCUCUUCGCCAUCUUGGCGGCGACCAUCACCUACCAAGCCGGCCUCACGCCUCCAGGCGGCUUCCUGCUCAAGGACGACGAGCUCAGCGGGCACCACGCUGGCGACCCGGUCCUCUUGCACAACUUCCCGUGCCGCUACAAAGCCUUCUUCUACUGCAACUCGGUGAGCUUCAUGCUGUCCAUGGCUCUCAUCAUCCUCCUGGUGAACCCCAAUCUGUACAGGCCAGCCAUACGAAGCAAUGCAUUGUCUGUCUGCACAGCGGCAGGCUUGUUCUGUCUGAUGGGGGCCUAUGCCGCCGGAAGCACGCAGCACUUCAGGACGUCCAUCUACAUCUUCGUGCUGGUGGCCGUGGUCCUCUUGGUCGCAGCGGGACUGCUGCUAGUGUUUCUGGUGAGGGAGCUGAAGAGAAAUGGCAAGUCAGCAGCUGUACCAUCCGUAGAAGAGGAGCUGGCGGGGCCCCCAAAGGAAGAAGCCAAGGGAGAAGAAAAAAGGAAGAAGGAGGAACAAGAAAAGGAGAAGGAACUAGAAGAAAGGAAGAAGCACGCCAGGCGCAAAUACCUGAUGCUGCUAGGCAUCUUGGUGGCGAGCGUGACCUACCAGGCAGGCCUGGAACCGCCAGGCGGAACGUGGCAGAGCAGCAGUGACGGGCAUGAAGCAGGCAACCCGGUGAUGCACGACAACAGGAAGGCCCGGUAUCUCACCUUCUUCUACAGCAACUCCACUUCUUUUGUGGCUUCCAUCGUCGUCAUUAUCAUGUUGCUGCCACAAUGGCUGCCAAAGGAGAAGGAAGAAGAAUGGGAGGAGUGGUCGCUGAGGGUGAUGAACACGACGAUCCUACUGGAUUUGGUGGCUCUCCUGGUGGCCUAUGCAGCUGGCUCCUGCAGGGGGUGGAGCACGUCCAUGUAUGUCGUCGCACUCAUCGUCGCCGUGCUGGGUUACUUUGUGAUCCAUAUGAUGCUGUCACUGUGUUCUGAUCGUCGUCGCCGUCACCGUCGCCGUGAGAGCCCAGGAAAUUCUCCAGUGUGAUUCAUACCACUGUGGUCCAGAGCUCUACUAUUCAGAAGGAUCCAAAAUUUAGGGCGAUUGCUCAUCUGAGAUUGUGAUCUAUCCAUUUCUCACUAUCUCUAGAUCUGUAAUCAGCUUACGUCUGUAGUCUGUACAAUAUCUACUCUGCUCUAGCUUUCCCUCGUUCUAGAUCUGUAGUCUAGUUGAUGUAAUCCGAUUAACCUGUAUCCCAAUUGGAGACCCCAAGAAAAACGUUGUUUGUGGGCUCAUUGGGCAGGUAGGCGUGCCGCGUGUGCGCGUGUUAAUGCUUGUACAGUUAUCCUAUUCUAUCUGCAUUCUCUAUCCCAUAAGAAAUCGAAUGAUAAGUGUAUGAAUUACAA